UAUUUCCAUCUGAUAGAAAUGGCUACUGAUGUUGAAGCAAAGCUUGAGUCCCUGAAACUAGAAGAUGUUGAUUCAUUCACCAUCGAUGAAAUACGAGAAAUCCUGCAUGUUUUACUUCCCAAGUAUCAGGCUUUACUUAAGCAGGUUGCUGCCUAUGUGAACCAGCUUGUGGAGCUACAGUGCAAGUCUUGUGAAAGCAAUGAGGAUAAGGAGGUGCAGGUGAAUCAAGAGGACAUCACAAGAUGCAAUGGCACUUCUCUAGAUUGGACUGAUCCUGACAGUGUGGGGAAAAUUGAUGUAGCGAAGUGUGUGGAAGAAGCAGCCUCAGAAGCCUUGCAACAUACAGGAUUUGUCUUUGAGGAAACCUCUGGCCUCUAUUAUGACUACUCUUCAGGCUACUACUAUGAUGCUGAGAGGAGUCUUUACUAUGAUGGACGAACAGGUAUCUAUUUCUAUUACAACCCAGAAUCAGGGAAGUAUGAAUUCCAUUCCCAGGUUGGAGCAUCAAAACAGAACCAGAAAAGCAAGUCCAGAAAAAGAAAAGUCCAGGAAGCUGAGGUUGAGGAAGCAGAAGAGAAGGAGGAAGGAGAACUUUCUAAUGCCAGUACUGAGGAUGAAGAAGAUGCUGAGGAGAUAGAGAACUCCUCUGAUGAAGAAAGUUCUCACCAAACUUCUCAAGAUAUCUCUGCUGCUUAUCCUCCCUGUGUCCGUCUGGUGGUGAAGGAGACAUCCAUUGACAUCCCUCAAGGGUCAGUGUUCAUCAUCACAUGUUCUGGGGGCACCAUAGGACGAGAGGGAGCAAGUCAUGCCUUCACCCUGGAUCACCCCUCUGUCAGCAAGAGUCAUGCCAGAAUGCGUUACAAUGAAGAGGUGGAAGGUUAUGAGAUAGAGGACAUGGGAAGUGAAAGUGGCACUAUGGUGAAUGAGAACAAGAUAGACACUUGGGUUUCUGUGAUUCAUGGAACACGCUUGCACAUUGGAGACACCUGUCUCGAGUGUCACAUCCAUGCAGGCCAGAACACUUGUCCUGGCUGUGAACCAGGACUCUGCAUCUCAUCGCAAGGCAAUGCGGCCCCUCCUCUCCGGCCACGUGGCCUCUCGAAAGCAGACAGGGAACGGGAGCGACGCAAGACCUUGAAGGAGAUGAAGAAGAAAUUCGGACUGGAAGAUGUGGAUUACGUGGUGAAUGGCGGAACUGGGGAUUCCCAGUACCGGGACCGAGCCCACGAGCGAAGGGAGAAAGUCGGCAUCGACCCUCUUGGUGUCAAAGUCCAAGCUGCAUCUCUGGAUACGGCAUUGGAUAACAGGAACAAAGGAUUCCAGCUUCUCUCAAAAAUGGGAUGGAAGAGUGGAGAAGGUUUGGGAGGAGCUUCUGCUCAGUCAUGUAUCCUUGAACCGGUAUCUGUGGAAGUGCGAGAGGGGAAACAGGGAUUGGGUUCUCGUGAUCCUUGUGUUGCCUCGAGUGCCACUGUCAAGGAAACAGCAAAGAAGGAGAUUUGGAAGAAAACUCAGGAUAGGUAUCAGAGCAUACAGGAAUGAUUAACUUUAGGUGCUAUGGUAUUUCAUCAUUACCCAUUGACUCACUGAUGCAGGUGGGUACUUUCAUAGAAAACCCUAAACAAUCUGAAUCUUGGUUUCCACAUGUGAAUGAAUGGUGGAUCCACCUGGUGACAAGGGAAGGUUUAUUCCUAUCAAAUGGCAACAGCAAGAGUCACACCAAGACAUGAAGGAUCUUUGGUUCCUCACUAUUAAUUAUGG